AUGGAUUCUGCUGGAGAAGAAAUAUUAAAAUCAGGCAAUGAAGAAGAAGAUCCUGCUCCUAUAUUUUUAAUAAGAGAACCAUCAGAUUCAGAUCUUGAAGCUCCAGAACCAACUCAUCUAUAUUUUCGACACUUAGGCAGUCUUAGAUGUAAUGCCUUUGAUUGGAUUGAAGAAAAUAUCUCAACAUAUUGUUAUGAUGAUAAAGGACUCAGCACACAAGGCCUUACUAGAAUUACUAAAGAACUUAAAUCAUUAUCCCGGAGUUUACCAUGUGAACCUUAA